AUGGGUGGCCAAAGUCGAGAAGGCGGCAAAGUCAAGCCUCUAAAGGCACCUAAAAAAGACAAGAAAGACCUAGAUGACGAUGAAAUGGCAUUCAAGGCCAAACAAGCAGCGGAUGCGAAAGCCCGAAAGGAAAUGGCCGAGAAGGCAAAAGGCAAGGGCCCCAUGAACGCCGGUCAGCAAGGGAUCAAGAAGAGUGGGAAGAAAUAA